AUGACAGUGGCCGAGCCGCAGGAGUCUGCGCAGGACAACCCCGCAGUGCUGACUGUAUGGACAUCGGGGUUUACUGGCCACAUUGCAAGCGCUUCUCUUAGAAGCGUCCGAUUAGCGACACUCAUAGAAGUGCUUUUAAAAGCAAAUUAUAGCACUCUGCAGGAUUUUUCCAUUAUUCUCUCUGGUGUCGUUUUGAUACAAACAUACAAAUCAUCCACUGUGCUUAGCGUUGCGCGUAAGAUGCACCAGCUUUUGUCCUUGGCCAAAUCCACUCGGAAGGCUUCUUCAGCAGUGGCCAAGAGUGCAGGCCCACGAGCCCUAGGUCUCUCAUUACAUUUCUCUACCAUUGUAGCUAAUAAGACUACUCGGCAUAAUGCGCUGAUCUCUUCCAUAUUUGGCACUCAAUCUAAAGAGGACAGCCUCGAAGACCAAGAAUAUCCAAGAAAUCUCGAUUUUGUACACCAGUUACCAGGGGGUGUAUGGGCCAAUCUACUGAAAGAAGAUACUGAAAGCGAUCUACUGUCAUUCUCUAAAGCAACAAAUGUUCCCUUCUCCCUCACCAAUCCAGAAUCACAAGAUCCUUUCCAUGAUAGUAUGAUGGGCUCUAUUUCUUUGGCAAAUAAUUCAGACGCCGACAUGCAAGUCCGUGCGGUCGAGGGGGAGCUUGUACGUGCCACCUCUGAAAUUGGGCUCAAUGACCUCGAUACAAGCCAGGUUGUCACUGGGCAUGCCAUGCAUAGUUCUUUGCUGUCCAAACACGCGUUUGAUGUGUCUGGCAGCGCAUUUCUGGAGGCCUCGCAGAAGUUGACGAGCCUUUUCUUGGCCAAUACCUCUGACAAGCUUCCAGAUGUUACCGUCACCGUUAGAGAGAUAAAGAAUCCAGCGAAGAAGAGCAGCACUGCCACAGUCGCUGCAAAGAGAACCAGACCCCCAUCAUUCCUUUUCGAUAAGCAGGCACGUAUGCAUCACAGUACUAUGCAGAAGUAUGCGUAUAGGCCACCAGAUCAAGUAGUAGCCUCCAUCUUCAUAGACUUUAGAGAUAGGCAUCCAAUUCAAGAGGUAGUCAAUAAACCAGAUAUCACUUUCAAUUGGUCUGAGCCAGAGUAUCAUGACUUAGCGACCAUUGUCUCGGAGAAUUGGAAAUGUUUCAGACAAGAAGAUCUUCCAGAGGAGGACUGCAUGGUCACUACUCCCGUGGGGUGUGAGGAGCCCCCAGAGCCGGACUAUAGUGAAGCCUCGCCACUCAAUGAAAAAGCUUCAGCACAGGGUGAUAGCCACUCACAUAAACAUGAUAGUAUACCCGAAAGUGGGCUGACAUUGCUGUCCAUGCUAAGGCAGUCCUCGGCACCCCUUUCGAUUUCAGAAUUAGCCGGAUCAUCGAGACGAAUGGCAGCCUCUCUGUUUUUGGCUUCUCUGGCUCUGAGAGCCAGCAACACGGUUGUGCUCAAACAGGGGCGUACCAUUUCUCUUCAGCGUGACGUUACCAUGUCAUUGGGGAGACACUGA